UAACUUGUUUUCAUGACAGAUUUAUUCAAACAUACACAUAAUAAUGAAGACUUCACUAACCGGUUAAAGUAUAGUACAUAUAGCAAAAUGCUCCCCGUCUUGCUAUGGUAAAUAUUACAUUGUUUGAAAGUGGUUUUAUUGACAUCUUUCCGCGGUUUAAAUACUAAGCGAUUACAUGAAACAUUAUGCAUUUCACUAAGUUGUACUGUUUUAUACUUCCUGAUGUUUAUUUAAUGCUAUAAUUGGUAGUAAAGAGAAUGUAUCCUGCUGUGAUGUAAACACCCCGUGUGUGUGUGUGUGUGUGUGUGUGUGUGUGUGUGUGCGUGCGUGCGUGCGUGCGUGCAGGCGAUGAGUAUGUUCAGCAGUGCUCUAGCCUCCGGUCAGCUCGGCCCUCUCAUGAACCAGUUUGGUCUUCCCUCUGAAGCAGUUGACGCAGCUAAUAAAGGAGAUGUGGAGGCGUUUGCCAAGGCCAUGGAGGGCAGUGAUGCCAAGACCGAUGAUUCCAAAGACAAGAAAGAUGAUGAAGAGGACAUGAGCUUGGAUUACAACGGCCUUCUGUACACAACCGUGUCUCUCUGAAGUGUUAGUCUCAUAUUAGUCUGAGAUGUUUGCCUGUAAUCAUUGAUUCAAGUGUGUUUUGUAUGUCCAAAGCUACACUAUUAAACAAUUGACAAUGUAAUGCCA